GGUGUGGCCCAUCGCCGUCGGACCGGACACCACAAAAGCAGCAACUGCGAUGCACGCGCCGCCUGUCUUCCCAGCGUUCCUAUUUUUGGCAGCUGUUCUUACAAUCACUCCUACCAUCAAGGGCGCACGUCAAGAUCCGUAGCCAUUCUUUCCAUUUUUAAUCAAUAGUUGCAGUGCGUGCAUUUAUCCAUUUGCUGCUCAUUUUGCCUUCGGCUUGUCAUCCAGAAUAAGCUGUGUCUCGUCGGAGAAAUUAUGGCUGGUUUGCAGAGCAAGGUGGUUAAAGGAGACUUCGGAUACGUACUCGAAGAUGUACCUCACCUCACUGAUUAUAUCUCGGAUCUCAAAACAUAUCCCAAUCCGCUGGACUCCAAUCCAGCUUAUUCAGUUGUCAAGCAGUAUUUUGUCGACGUGGAUGAUACCAUCCCCCAAAAGAUGGUUGUUCACAAAGAAACACCGAGAGGGAUUCAUUUUAGGCGAGCCGGACCUCGUCAGAGGAUUUAUUUUACGGCAGAAGAGGUACGGGCUUGCAUUGUGACAUGCGGUGGUUUAUGUCCGGGGCUAAACACAGUGGUCAGGGAGAUUGUUCACAGCCUUGAUUAUAUGUAUGGAGUCAACAAAGUUCUCGGCAUCGAUGGGGGUUAUAGGGGGUUUUACUCGAAGAAUACCAUAAAUUUGACGCCAAAGAUUGUCAACGAUAUACAUAAGCGUGGAGGAACAAUCUUGGGAACAUCUAGAGGUGGUCAUGAUACUAUGAAGAUCGUUGACAGCAUUCAGGACCGUGGAAUUAAUCAAGUUUAUAUAAUAGGAGGAGACGGCACCCAGAAAGGAGCAGCUCUAAUUUACGAGGAAAUCAGAAAACGAGGUCUUAAGGUUGCUGUUGCCGGUGUCCCCAAGACUAUCGACAAUGAUAUCCCGGUCAUCGACAAGUCAUUCGGCUUCGACACUGCUGUAGAGGAGGCCCAACGAGCCAUCGAUGCUGCACAUGUUGAAGCCGAGAGUGCAGAGAAUGGUAUCGGUGUAGUAAAACUCAUGGGACGCUACAGCGGUUUCAUUGCAAUGCACGCCACGCUGGCCAGUCGAGACGUGGACUGCUGUUUGAUUCCAGAGUCUCCCUUCUAUCUCGAAGGAAAAGGUGGACUUUUCGAAUACGUUGAGCGAAGGCUCAAAGAGAAUGGACAUAUGGUCAUCGUAGUUGCUGAGGGAGCCGGACAGGAGCUUCUAGAAUCGAAAACUGAAAGGGAUGCUUCGGGGAACAAGCUACUCCAAGAUGUCGGGCUAUGGCUCUCUCAACAAAUAAAGGAACAUUUUGCAAAGCGGCUUCCCCUUACUCUAAAAUACAUAGAUCCAACGUACAUGAUCCGCGCAAUUCCUAGCAAUGCAUCUGACAACGUGUACUGCACGCUCCUCGCUCAAAGCACCGUUCACGGAGCAAUGGCAGGGUACACAGGCUUCACGACAGGGCUUGUCAAUGGCCGGCAUACUUACAUUCCAUUCAAUCGAAUCACUGAAAAACAGAACAAGGUUGUAACAACGGACCGAAUGUGGGCGAGGCUACUGUCGUCGACAAAUCAGCCGAGCUUCAUGGAAUAUAAGGACAAUGGAGAACACGGUCCAGGAGGGAUUUUCAAGGCCAAGGCCAAGAAGGCCGGGUCCAAGGCCAACAAUUUGUUAGGGUUUACAGCUUCAACCAGUGAAAUCACUGUUGGAACACUUGUUGUUAUUUUCUUUGCUUGGAAGCUCUUUGUAUCUUCCACUUGAGAUUCUUUAUUUAUAUUUUUCCCUUUUUUUGGACUGUUUAUAGCAGCAGGUGGUUGUGAUUUAUUGUACUACUUGAGGGUUUCUUUUCCUUAGGGAUGAUCGAAGUUUUGAAUUUGAAGUUCAGUGUGUGUGUUAUUAUGAUCAUGUCUUUUCCCUUUUUGAUGAAUGGAGGAGGUUGGAGAGUUGUUGUAACACAUUUUUUAUGGUUUAGGAAACAUAAGAUGUGAGCUUGUUCUGAUUAUCAUUUGUAUACAUGACCUCUUGUAAAA